AUGUGGAAAGCGAUAGCCGCACGUCUGUAUCCUACGUCAGACAAGAUAUUUCGCAUUGCUAAUCUGAGAAACUCAUGUCAAAAACCACAGCUCUUCGUUGUUGCUUUCGCCAUCACGAUGAUACUUGCUGUCAACUACGGUUUAGGAAGACACAUUUGGGACAUCCCGCUAUCUCGCUACAUAAUGUAUCUUCGGAUCACCUUCAUCGAAAGCAUCCUCUACAUCUGCGGCACAGCCCUGAUGAAAAUUUCCAUAAUCCUCUUCUACCUCCGCAUCUUCCCGCCCACACGUGUCCACAUCGUCUGUAAAACACUUAUAUUCUUCAUUCUCGGCUAUAGCUUCGCCAGUUGUGUUGUGGUGAUAUUCAUGUGCCGGCCGGUUGAGAAGUUCUGGGAUGUGCAGAUCAUGUACGGCAGUUGUAUAGAUCGGGCGGCUUCUUAUUAUGUGAAUGCGGCAAUGUCUAUUACGACGGAUAUGAUGACGUUGGCUAUUCCUAUACCCCUUAUUCAUAGACUUACCAUCUCCCUCCGGCAGAAAAUAAUAAUCGCCUGUAUUCUUGGGAUGGGCUCAUUCGUCUUCAUAGUCAGCGUCGUCCGCGUCUUCUCUGUUCACCGCCUCUUCACACAACCUGACUCGACCUGGAACGCAAACAGAGCCACAAUCUUGUCCAUUCUUGAAAUCUAUGUCGGCAUCCUCCUCGGUUCAGCACCAACCCUCCGCCCUCUUUUCCUUCACUUCAUCCAUGGUCGACAGGACUCCCCGCGCCGCAGAUUAUCCAGUUCCUCAGCAGCAAGCUCACAGAGAUGGCUGCGGUGUUGGACGAAUGUGCAGCGGCGGUUAUCGUGUUCUACAUCUAGUGGGAGUGGUGGAGCUGGAGCUGGGACGAGCAGGUGCGGGUCGCUGUUCAAGAAUUCGGUUCAUGUACAAGCGAAUCGCUUGGAUGGUAUGUUGCCCCCACGGGAAGAGCCGCAGCAGCCGCCGUUGACGGUGGUGCAGGAGAGUUAUAGGGAUAUGAGGAGGGCGAGGGGGACGUUGGGGAGACAUCUCCGGAAUGGAUUGAGUGGGUGUCUUAGGCAGGGGAGGAGGAGAGAUGGGGUGGAUGUUUCUCUUGAGCGGUAUGUGGAGGAUGAUGGUGGUAGCGGGGACGGGGAAGCCGAUGGGCUUGCGGAUGUUGAAGCUGGUGCUGGGGCGGGGAGGGAGAGAACGGCAGAAGACAGACAUCCAUUGGAGCUCUAUAUGAUUGAUGAAGAGAUGGAUGCGAUCGAUUCUAAUGCCUCAGUCACUAUUUCUGGAAGUCGGAGUCGGAGUCCGAACAUGUGA